CCUCGUUCUAAGUGGGACACCAGUCUCGCAAAAGGCUUAGCGUGGGGUUCUACACCUUGGGACAUCUGAUUGGCUUGAAAAAAACGAUGGUACAAAUAGGAAGGAGGUGAGAGGAGCAGUCAUUGACGACUCGCAGGAGGGAGGACGCUUCUUUUGACAAAGUCUAAGGAUGUCCAGCAACAUGGUAAUGCUCCUCUGCAUUGCGUCCCUGUUGGGCACGGUCCUCAGCCAGGACAUGCCCUACAACGAAUUAAUGGCCCAAAUCCAAGCUUGCCCUCGGGAAUGCCACUGCCCUCCCAACUUCCCUCGCGCCGUCUACUGCGACAACAAAGGCUUGAAGAGCAUCCCCCAAAUUCCUCCCUUCACUUGGUACCUCUACCUGCAGAACAAUCAAAUCCAGGUCGUCUCCGCAGACGCCCUUCGCAACGCCACACAACUGCGUUGGGUCAACUUGAGUCGCAACAAAAUCACAAGCGAGGGAUUGGAAAAGGGUACCGUUGAUGCAAUGCGGCAUCUGGAACACCUCUACAUGGAUGACAACCUUUUGUCCUGGGUGCCGUUUCCACUCCCGGCCAGUCUGGAGCAUCUCAGCCUCUGCCGCAAUCGGAUCUCCAAGAUCCCCGACGGAGUCUUUUUGGGUUUAGAUAAGCUGACCCUUUUAGAUCUUCAGGGGAAUAAGCUGAUGGAUGAUGCCGUGACUGAGGUGAGCUUGAAGGGUCUUAGCAACCUAGUCCAGAUUAACCUCGCCAAGAACCAGCUCAGCAGCAUGCCUCUGGGCCUGCCGCCCACCACCACUCAGCUUUUCCUGGACGGCAACAACAUUGACAAGAUCCCAGCAAAUUACUUCAAAGGUUUGCCCAAAGUGGCGUUCCUCAGGCUCAACCACAACAAGCUUGGCAGCGGCGGUGUUCCUCGGAAUGCCUUCAACAUUUCCAGCAUUCUGGACCUGCAGUUGUCCCACAACCUACUGACAGAGGUGCCCCUAAUCCCACCGGGCCUUGAGCAACUUUACCUGGACCACAACAACAUCAAGAGUGUUAGCAGCUCCAACAUCUGCCCGGUUGACUUGGACACGAUGGACGCUAAUGACAGCUACCCACGACUGCGCUACCUGCGACUGGACGGCAACGAUAUCGAACCUCCCAUUCCCAGGAAUGUCAUUCUGUGCUUCCGUCUCCUGAGAUCCAUAGUCAUCUAAAUUAACAUUAUGUAUUCAAAUGCUAUUUUGUACCGCUAAUUCCGUUUAAUGGACCACUAGUUGUGCCUUAUAUAUCGUGGUAUCUCACAAGAGUGAGUACACCCCUCGCAGUUCAAAAAGUAUUUCGUUGUUUCUUAUCUUCUCAAGGGACAAUACACGAUAAAUGAAUAUAGAAAUAGUUUUGCAGUCUAGAUUUACUAUCAACUGAACACACAUCCAGAUUGCCAGAUUGUCCCAGAGGUUCUGAAUUGGGUUCAGGUACAAGGCCGAGGCCCUCAGCAAGGCACUUUAUCAUCUUGGAGAUGUGUUUACGCUCUUUAUUUUGUUGGAAAACUGCUUUUCAAUGACACAGUGGCACGUUGGAAUUAAUGUUUCCCAUCAUGCAGCACUUAAGCAGCCCCAGACCCAAUGCUGACUGCAGGCAAUACGCAAUUAUCUUGCUAGUCAUCUGUGUUACCAAAGAUUUAGACAUUACUGGCUGGUGUGUUGAGAUUUAAUGUUUUUCUCAAAGAAACGUAGCUCUCACAGUGCCUGCAGCACUCGUGCAGCCCUAGACCAUUUUUCUACCCCGAGCAUGAUAUUUACUUUUAUGAAAUGAUUGUCCUCUGUCAUUUGUUUUGCCAGAUAUUUGGACAAUAGUGUGACUGAGAAUGCAUGAUUUCAAUAAUCCCAAUAAUUCGUAGUUCUCUCAAUGACGGCCGCACUCAUGCAGCCCCAGACCAUUUUUCUACCCCGAGCACCAUAUUUACUUUUAUGAAAUGAUCUUCCUAUGUCAGCUGUCUUGCCAGAUAUUUGGACAAUAGUGUGAUUGAAAAUCCAUGAUUUCAAUAAUCCCAAUAAUUUGUAGUUCCAAUGAUGGCAGCACUCAUGCAGCCUCAGACCAUAUUGCCACCCACAGCACCAUGCUUCCUUUCAGGAAAUGAUAUGGCUACUCAAUUGUGCUGACUCAAUAGCAGUAGAUAGUAAGUUUAUAUUGCUAUACAAGCUGUACACUGCCUAAUCUAAAGUAUAUUUGUUUGUUUUGCGUUUUCCUCUGAAAAAAUAUUCUGUCUUUCUGAAGAGCGAGAGGUGUACUCAAUUCUGUGAGAUAUUAUAAACAAAAAUUUAGAUGACAAAGACCAGUAAGUUUUGUUUUCUAUUGUUGUAAAAAGGAGUCCAGUACUUUUGUUCCAUUAUAUGCGCCUGUUUGCUGCUAGUAAUUUAUUUUAUAUUCACUGAGUCUGGCCAAAAUUUUACAAUGCUGUCUUCAGUUUUAAUAAAAAAUACUGAAAUUACCGAUA